AUGAUUAUAUCUACAGGAGAAUAUUAUUCCUCCUCCUCUUCUUCAUUUCCUCAUGAAGAAAAAAGUAAUUGGGAUAUGCUUUUAAGUGGACCAAAUGUCACUUCAACAGCCAUGCCUUAUGAUGGGGCUAUUUUUGUAAAUGCUAUUCGAGCUAUGUCUCCAACAUUGGAUUGGUCAGAAGUUCUCCAAACAUUGGAUAAUCAACAUUUUUUUAUCAAAUCAAAAAAUGCUUUACAAUUACUUAUGAUUAUUUUAAUAACGGGAAUUGCCCCAAAUCCUUUCCCUAUCGGACUAAUUUAUCGAUUAUGGGCUGGAAAUAAAGGUGGACAACUUUCUUUGCUCAGCCAAAUUAUUCAUCAUCCGGAUGUGGUAAUUAACUAG